CCCCUACAGGCCUUCGUGUGAAUGAGCAGCCCGUCAGCAGCGGCUCAUGACAGGCGGGGAGGGGGAAGGAAGAAGUGGAAGCCGCGGAUCCAUCUUUCAAGCGAAAAUAGGAAAGAAGCCCCGCGUUUCCAGCGGUUUUACUUCUUCGGCGGUAUCUCUCCUUGUAAAUAGGUGUCAGGGAGCCCGAGGUGGGGGCUGCAUCACUGUCUGUAGGAUGUCCCGACAUGAAGGUGUGAGCUGUGACGCAUGUUUAAAAGGGAACUUCAGGGGGCGCCGGUACAAGUGUUUAAUUUGCUACGACUACGACCUGUGCGCGUCGUGUUACGAAAGUGGAGCCACCACGACCCGACACACCACGGAACACCCCAUGCAGUGCAUACUAACCAGGGUAGACUUUGAUCUGUAUUACGGUGGAGAGGCAUUUUCAGUAGAGCAGCCCCAAUCGUUUACUUGUCCCUACUGCGGCAAAAUGGGUUACACAGAAACGUCUCUACAGGAACACGUCACCUCGGAGCAUGCAGAGACUACCACAGAGGUGAUUUGCCCCAUAUGUGCAGCGUUGCCCGGAGGUGACCCCAAUCACGUGACGGACGACUUCGCUGCUCAUCUCACACUUGAACACAGAGCACCAAGAGAUUUAGAUGAGAGCAGCGGGGUGCGGCACGUGCGCAGGAUGUUUCACCCUGGGCGUGGGCUGGGCGGCCCUCGGGCAAGGAGGACUAACAUGCACUUUACCAGCAGCUCCACUGGGGGGCUCUCAUCCUCACAAAGCUCCUCUUACUCCCCGAGCAAUCGGGAAGCUAUGGACCCAAUAGCAGAGUUGCUGUCUCAGCUGUCAGGUGUUCGGCGCUCGGCAGGUGGUCAGCUGAACCCUUCAGGCCCAUCGGCCUCACAGCUACAGCAGUUGCAAAUGCAGUUGCAGCUGGAGCGGCAGCAGGCGCAGGCGGCGCGUCAGCAGCUGGAAACGGCGCGCAAUGCCACGCGCCAGCGCAGCAACGCGAGCAACAUCAGUGCCAGCGUGCCGCCACCCAGCACCGCAACAAACACAGCCAUAACCGAGAGCAACCCGAUGGCCUCCCACAGCUCCCAGUUCCUCCUCACACGGUUGAACGAGCCGAAGAUGUCCGAGGCGGAGCGUCAGGCUCUGGAGAGCGAGCGCGCCGAUCGGAGCCUGUUCGUGCAGGAGCUGCUGCUGUCCACGCUUAUGCGCGAGGAGAGCUCUUCCUCGGACGAGGAUGAGCGGCGAGACUUCGCCGACUUCGGCGCCAUGGGCUGCGUGGAGAUCAUGCCUUUGGACGUGGCGCUGGAGAGUCUGAAUCUGAAGGAGAGCUCUGCAGGCAAAGAGCCUCCACCUCCUCCUCUUUGAUGAUAUCCCACCACCACGCAGACAAUGUCCUCUGUGCUGUAACUGCCAAUGACGCAGGUGAGCGUAGGUAGCUGUGGCAGACCUUCAGCUUCCUGUGUCUAACAAAAAAAAAACCCAAGGCUCUCCUUAUAAAUACUCCACAUUCUAAAACUGAAGACAGAGUCCUUCUCUAAUGAAGCUGCUGUGUGUAUUUAUGAAUAGUAAUUAAUAAAAAGUGCUUGGAUGGUUUACCAUAA